AUGGACGAAAUUGAAAAAGAGAAAAUAGCGGCAUUGCCAUCACAGCUACUCGUAACUACAAUAUGCCAUCCUAUGGAAUAUGCGAAAGUGCUCAUACAACUGGGGUACGAGCCCUUACCGCCGCGCCGGUCUACGACACUGUUUGGACGCCCUGCCAUGAUAUUACCUAACGUUUUCCAAUACAUCAAGUUUAUCAAAACAUCAGAUGGAUUUUUCGGCUGCUACAGAGGCCUAUCUGCGAGAGUACUCGGGCUGAUUGCGUCCAGUCAACUGACAUCUAAGGUAAUCUUUGCGAUGGGUAUUGAUUUGCCAGAAAUCAAUGACCCUCCAAAUAUUGUCACUGAUGAGGAGCCCAAGGUUGAAGAUUACAUCAAGCUGGGCCGCCGAGACAUGAUAAUGCACACAGCUUCUGUCAUUGUGUCUUAUCCAUUCCAUGUUGUGUCUGUAAGGAUGAUGGCCUCAUUUAUUGGCAAAGAGGAAGAUUAUAGCUCUUUGAUAGGUGCAAUUGCGUCUAUUUACAGAGAUGAUGGCAUCCGUGGGUUCUUCCACGGAAUCAUACCUAAGCUUCUUGGUGAUUUAACUUGUGUUGCAGUGACAGGAGUUUUGGCUUACUAUGUGAACAAAUACCUCGUCAAAACUAAAGAUCUGCGAUACUACACAGUACCCCUGUUAACCUUUGUGACUAGUACUAUCACUUACCCACUGGUUGUGGUGUCCACCUGCAUGGCUGUGGCUGGCUGCAGCCUGUCAGCUGGCAACCCUCCCAAUAUGCCCAAGUACCCAUCUUGGCAAGCCUGCUGGAGGGACUUGCUGAGAAACAAGCAGCACAAGCGUGGAUCGUCCCUAAUCUUUAGGUACUACAUUGCCCCUAUCGCAGCCAUGCAGUAG